UAAAUAGAAAUAAUUCCGUAAUGACUCAUUCCAGCGCUAAAAACUCAAAUAAAUUUUUUGUCGAAAAUUUUCUGCUCUAUAAAAACUAUUAUCACAAAUAUUCUCUUAAACCAACUCGUUUCCAAGAUAAAGAAAAAAUUAUGUAUUUUCUUUUUUAAGAAUUCGGAAUUUUGAUUGUUCGUCACUGGGAUCCUUUUGACAAGUCGACUCAAUGUACAGUUUCGUACAAAGUUUCAUACCCGUCACACCUAACGUCCUUCCCAAUCAGUUGUUAUUGUUCGCUCACAUUAUUAGAGGAAAUAUUUUUUUUUUAAUAAUUAUUCUCCCAGAUUACGUAAGACAUUUGUAAAUAGAAAUGUUUAGCAAGAAGAAGGAGGUUAAAAAGCGCACGACUAAACCCGCUAGCAACACCGGUGACUCAAUGGAUUUCCUGAUAAAUCCAGUUGGCAAUGACGAGGAUAAUGAUGAUGAUGAGGCAUUGGAGGCGGAAUUACGUCGUUUAACCAGUGGAGAAGACAUUCGAGUUCGCCCUACAGGUAAAAACCAUGCACCGCCAAGAAGACCUAAAAAAACAGCCGGCGAAAUUCCCAAAGACAUUGGCUCAGACGACGAAGACGAUGAAAACGUGGACGAGAAUGACCCAGAGCUGCUGAACGAAUUGAAAGAACUAAUAUCAGACGAUGAAGAACCAGAGGCUAAUGCACCUUAUGAGAAGGCCUCUCCUACUGUUGAGACAGAGACAACUUCCUUGCUGGAAAAGCGAUUGGAGAUGUACAAGGUUGCAGAGGCCAAAGCAAAGAGUCUAAAUGAGACAAGUAAAGCGAGAAGGUAUGGACGUGGAAUCAAAACUCUCCAGGGAUUAUUACGUUCUGCUCAGGGUGGGGGUGCUAUUGAUGAGUCUGAGAUUCCACCUGAACUGCCUCCGUCGGCAUUACCUCAUGAUGAAUCUGCAGAUGAAGUGGCAGCUCCAAACCCCCCAAACGUUAUUCCAGAGCCUCUGGAGGCUACGUUCGAACCAUCGAAAACAUCUGAAACUCCUGCAGUUCCCCCCACAAUCGAUCAGGAAGGUUUAUCCGUCCUAAAGGAACGUCAACAAGAGUAUAGAAUAGCGGCAGUAAAAUGGAAGAAGUCCGGAAACGUGGAGGAAGCCCUAAAUCACGUGAAAAUAGUAAAACAGUUCGACAUAGUAAUAGCAGCGCUGAAUGCAGGCGAAACAGUAGAUCUAUCAGACAUGCCAGCCUCCCCUCAGCUACCCGGAGAUCCUGCAUUAGUGACGGAGCCUGCAAAUCCGCCUGUGGAGCCCCAGAAGGAGGAGAAUGAGACUCAGGAAUCAUCGGGUGGGGAAUCAGUAGCUCCAGUAACUGGGGAGAGCAUCUCAGGGGCGUUGAAGGAACGUUUAGAGAUCUAUCGUCGAUCCAAAACAGCGGCAGAGGAGGAGGGAAACUCGUCCAAGGCCAGGCGAUACGGAAGAAUCUGUAAGCAGUAUGAGGAGGUCAUCAAACUGCAUGAUAAGGGCAAACCAGUCGACUUCAACGAACUUCCAACGCCCCCAGGGUUUCCUCCAAUUAUUGUGGCGUCUCCUGUAUCAUCUGGAUCUCCUCCCGGGCCUAGCAGACCUGCACCAGCACCUCCAGGAGCUGCUAUACCCGAAAAAACCAAGGGAAUAUCCAAAAAACCCAUGACAAAUCCAAAAACAAGGGCCGACAAGCAGAUUUUCCUUCUGGAACGUAGACAGGCUGAACUGAAACGUGCUGCACUGGCUGCCAAGAAGGAGGGUGAUUUGGAACUUGCCCGGGACUAUCUCAGACAGGCCAAGGGCAUUGAUCCUCUGAUAAAUGCAAGCAGAGCUGGGUUACCUGUUGACAUGAGCUCACUUCCACUCUCUCCUAAUGCCAAAACCCAGCUUGAUGCAUCCUCUGAUGAGAGCUUUGCUCUGGUGUCCUCUGAGGAGUGUCAGCCCAUCAAUGAGGACAGCUCGGACUCGGAAAUUUAUGAUAAUCUCGAAGCGACUUUGAUUAAACAGAAGAAGGUAUGCAUGGCUACGAGAGACCAUGCUAAGGCUCUUGGGGAUGUGCCCGGGUACAACAGGUGGGAACGACUGGCGUUGGGGUACAGCAAGGACCUCGAUAUGUUGAGGGUCCGGAGAAGGGAUGGGCUACCACCCCCGCAACAUCAUUACGAGGUGAAGACUUAUGCCAUUGUACAAAGCUGUACAGAUUUAAACGACGGUGAUCUGGAAAUACAGAUCAUAAGGGGAAUAAACUAUUCAAAAGAGGCAGACACCUAUGUUAUCUACGAAUUUCCAUAUCCCAGUGAUAGUCCACCGACCGAUCGCACCUCAACGAUCAAAAACUCCAAUGAUCCUGAGUACGAUGCUACCUUCACGUUGUCUGGAGUAAUCGAUCGAUCAAGUAGGCCUUUUCAGCGAGUCUUCAAAAGGCAUGGGCUCAAAUGCCAAGUCUGGUCAAAAGGAUGCUCGAUGAAUCCUCUGCUGUGUUGCACUCACCCAAGAGGAUUUUUUAGAAGUGACAAUCUUUUAGGCACCGUCACCGUUAAACUACAACCACUAGAGUCACAAUGCACUCUCCACGAUUCAUUUCCGUUGAUGAAUGGAAGAAAAGCAGCUGGUGGUAAGUUAGAAGUGAAAAUUCGCCUGAGAAAUCCAAUCUUAACAAAGCAGAUUGAGAAAAUGACCGACAAGUGGUUAAUUAUCGACAAUUAAUGCUGAAAUAUUUUUUAUUCCUCUUUAUAUUGCAUUUCUCUUCUGCUGCUCCUGCGUAUGAAUCAUUGUUUACAGAUUGAUAACUAUUUUAUGAUGCCUUACUAAAUUCAAAUGAUGUGAUAAAUCUAUAGAUAUGUUUUUUUCUGAAAUGUAUUUGUAUUUCGUACGAAACAGUGGAGCUUACCAUCGGAGUAAAAAUUGCUUUGAUAUAUGAAUUUGGGUUUCGCAAAUUAAUUAAGGGGCGAAAAAAAAAUUUGGAUUUCAGUUAUCACUCCGAUGGUAAGUAUCAUUGCUUCUUAGCGGUUAAUUAAAUAAACAGCAUAUUAUAACAAUA